GUGAAAACGUGGUAGGGUAUGAAAAAUCCACCCACCCAUGAUUGGGAAAAACAUGGCAGGGAUGUGCAAAUCAACAUGUGACAUGUCAUGAUACUCCCGGGCCUGCCGUGGGCUUUGUUCUUUGGAAAACCACCAUAAUGCCAGCAUAUGUCGAGCACAAGACCCUAGUUGGUGAACAUGGCGAUUCCGUGAACACUGUUGCCUUUUCUCCCUGUGGGAAAUAUCUCGCGAGUGGUUCUUCCGACCACUCCGUCUGUAUAUGGAAUGUACACAAAGGUUCUUUUCUCUUUCGCGUUGUAUUCGAUAGCGCUAUCAAUAUCCUCCAUUGGCACCCCACUCGAGAAGAGACCUUGAUAUGCGGCUGCGAAGAUGGCUCAGUGCUAUCCAUGAGUGAUUUCAGACCCAGUGGAUUUGAAAAGAAGGUUAUCUGUCUGGGCGUCAAAGCUCCUGUUUUCUGUAUGGACAUUGACACAAGCGCGAAUCUGUGGGCAAUAGGUGUUGGCAACCAAGUUAAUAUCACCGCUGGCGAUAAUCAAGAUGAAUAUACUGCUGCAACUAGGCUACCUCCCCCGCCUAAAGUCGAGGCCAAAUACACUGAGAAUGAUUCACGUAUCCGACCACGUGCCCUUCACUUCAUUGGUGGUGGCCGCAACCUUAUCGUCUCCUACCUCAACCAUGGUAUAGUGGCGUGGAAUAUCAUUGACAAGACCAUUACAUGGCACGUCAAGCCCCCCUCAAUUUCUCAAAUUGCAAGCUCCGCCAUUCGCCAUGACAUAAAUGUCCUUGUUGUAAAUACUCUGCAAGAUGGUCUUUGUCUUUACAAAAUAGGUAGCAAGAAGGCCAUCUGGAAAUGGGACCAUGAGGCAGAAUGCGAUGUACAAUGCCCUUCGUCAAUUUCAUUUCUGCAUGGAGGGCGAGCUGUGGUCUCGGGUGCAAUUACUGGAAAUGUCCGUGUCUGGAACAUGGAUUCGAAGGAUCUGUAUCAGGUUCUCCCGCAUGGCGGUGACGUUAUACAAGCUCUAGCAACUUAUCAACAGGGUGCAUGGAACUAUAUUGCAGUCGGAUCUGCAUUGAAAGGGCAGGGCACCUAUAUUAAAAUUUGGAAGGCAGACAUCACCUCUUCUUCGGAUAUUGUUGAAGAAUUCUGGCAUUGGUUGAUGGUCGUACGUUUUUCUAUGGAUUUGAGUGAUUACAGGCGCAUAGUGUUAGCAGUAGUAUUCACCAUACUAUGGGCCACCGCUGCUUUUGCUGCCGUACGGUUAAUGUGGUUGCGUAUCCCGUGGGGAGGGAUUUGUGAGGAUAUCAUCAAUUUUGUGCACGUGGUUGAUUUCCCAUCCACACGAACCCAAAAACUAACACUAUUUAGGUGCAAAAUGUGGCGUAUACAGGACUGUCGCUUGGGUUAUGGCUGGCAUCAGAGGGAUGCCUUGUCCUUCUUACAGCGAGAGGUUUUAUUCGUGAUGUAGCUGUGGCAAUGGUGGAUUGGCUGCGGUCGGCAGUUCGCUCCUUCCUUGAUUUACCUCCACCAGUCCAUCAUCAGCAGGAGUAACAGUCUCAUAGUUCCCAAAACCUACCAUUCUGUCCAUCACACAUCAUAUUUGAAAUCGUACGAUCUAUGUAUAUCUUUCCAAUGCAA